AUGAAAUUCAAUUUACUCUUCACUACCGCUUUCAUCGCUCUCUUCUCUAAUGGCGUGAUUGCUCAAACCCUAAACACCCCACCUGGUGAUGCCAUUAAAAGUCCAGGACCAGCUCAAAUCUGCGCUCAAAAUCGAGCUUUCGCACCUGCUGAUGGUACCCAGAAUAAGAAUAACAAUGCAAAAGUUUGUGUUAGCACUGUUAUCGGACAACUUCCUGCCGUCAACAAGAUGGUUUCAUCCUUAAUCAUUAAACCAAAGAAUGGUGCAAUGAUCAAGAGAAAUACACCAAUCGAAUUUGCGGUCAAAUCGAUUAACCUUGAUACCGGUUUCUUCUCUGAUCCAAACUUUGAUUAUUACGAUAACCCACAAACGCUUAACAACAACGGAGUCAUCCAAGGACAUAAUCACGUCACCGUUCAAAAACUUAAUGGAAAUCAAGUUCCUGAUGCUAGAAUCUUCGCUUUCUUCAAAGGUUUAAAUGACGUUGCAAAGAAUGGUGUUUUGGUACAACAAAUUGAAAACGGUCUUCCCGAACCAGGUCUUUACCGUAUUUGCACAAUGUCUUCUUCAUUCACUCAUCAAGCAGUUAUUAUGCCUGUUGCUCAAAGAGGCGCCCAAGACGACUGCAUAAGAAUAACUAUCAU